AUGGCGUCCAAUCUCGCCCUCCAGCCCCAGGCUGUGUCAGCACCCGGCAAGGUCUUCGUGGCGGGUGGCUACCUCGUGCUGGACCGAAAAUAUACCGCGCUUGUCUUCGGCCUCGACGCACGGAUUCACGUGGAAAUUGAGCCCAUCCGGACGAAGAGCGGUGUUACCCUGAGCGAAAUUAUCGUGAGGAGCCCGCAAUUCCGAGAGGCUGCCUGGGAGUAUGGUUACAGGUUGACAGAGGGUGACGGGGGAAUUGCGGUCACUCAACUGCGAGCCCCCAUCGCCCCCUCCUCAAUAAGCAUCCUCGCCGACCAAGCCUACUAUUCAAACCCCGGAACCCCCCUCUCGCCAUCCUCCCGCUUCCUAAAGUUCGAUGUCGCGCUGUCCGAUGCCCACAAGACGGGUUUGGGGUCCUCUGCGGCCCUCGUGACGGCCUUCACGGCCGCGGUGUUGAGUUAUUAUUUGUCUAAGGAUGAAUUUGAUUUGGAGAAGGAGGAGGGGAAAAGGGUAUUGCAUAAUCUGAGCCAGGCGAGUCAUUGCGCUGCGCAGGGGAAGGUGGGAAGUGGGUUUGACAUUGCGAGUGCGGUGUAUGGGAGCUGUCUUUACAGGCGGUUCUCGCCGAGCCUGCUCUCCUCUUUGCCUGCGCCUGGCGCCGCGUCUUUCGCACAGAAGCUGCGCGCCCUGGUGGAAGGCGACACUUGGGACGUUGAGAUCGCGAAAGCGAAGGUCAAGAUGCCGCGGGGCUUGAGGCUGGUUAUGUGCGAUGUAGACUGUGGAAGCCAGACGCCGGGCAUGGUGAAGAAGGUGUUGAAGUGGCGCGAGGAGAAUCCGCAAGAGGCGGAUAGGAUUUGGGGGAGCUGCAGAGGGGGAAUGAGGGGUGGCGGAGGAGCUUACGCGGUUGGCGACGGAGGGGAUGGGGAUUAUAAGAAGCUGAAGGACAUCAUUGCUUCUAAUCGCGCGCUCAUCCGCGAGAUGAGUAAGGCGUCGGACGUGCCGAUUGAGCCGCCGCAGCAGACGCAAUUGCUGGACGCAUGCUCCGCUGUUCCGGGUGUGGUGGGCGGCGUGGUGCCUGGUGCUGGUGGGUACGAUGCCAUUGUGCUGUUGCUUGAGGAUAAAGAGGAGGUUAUUGGGGAGCUCAGGAAGGUGGUGGAAAUUUGGAAGGUGGAUGGCGAGGGCGAUGGCGGAGUCACUAUUGGGAAGGUUGGUAUUUUGGGUGUCAGAGAGGAUAUGGUGGGCGUCAGGAGGGAGGAUGUGGAGAUCUACAGGGAGUGGAUUACCGAAACUUCAUAG